AUGCUCACGACAGUAUCGAGGCGUCCUCGCGCAGUAGCUCCUCCUCGCGCUUCCAUCUCGGAUGACGCGGAGCGAAGCGCCGCGAAUGGCGGAGCCGGCGACACGCACGCGCAUCGCGCCGCCGCUGCCGCGAAUGCCGCCGGUUCCGACGCGCCGUCCAACACGCAGCGUGCGGGAGUUUGGCUGACUGCAGCUGCUGCAGCGGCGGCGGUUGUUGCGGCGCCUCUUGCCGUCGCGCCUUGCGCUCUCGCUGACUUCAAGACCUACAACCACGCUUACCUACGCGGCGCGGACAUGUCUAAUCAGGACCUUUACCGAUCCAUAUUUGCUGCGUGCGACUGCCGGCUGAUCAACCUCAGCGGGUCCAACCUCGCUGGCAGCACCGACACCUUUGCCGGCUUUGAGCUAGCUAAUCUCGAGAACACCAACUGCAAGCUAGACAACUUGCGAGGCGCCUCAAGAGCACCGACACCUUUGCUGCCUUUGAUCUUGCCAACCUGGGGAAAACCAACUGUUGCUGCACUUUCUGAACCCUACCUUUUCCCCUCUGACUCACCUCCCACCUCCCCUUCCGACCUUCCCACCUCCCCUUCCGACUUUCCCACCUUCCUUCCCCAUCUCCCCUCCCCACCUCUCCUCCCCACCUCCCCUCCUUCCCACCUUCCUGCCCCACCUCCGCUCCCAACCUCCCUUUGCUGCAUGGAGCAUGCUCUUGCCGACCUCUCAAAAAGGCCAAUCUCUAAUGUAUCUCGACCCCUUCUUUCCCAACACAUCACCCCCAACCUCUCCACUCCACCUACCUUUGCGGCAGGGAGCGUGCUCUUGCUGACCGCGUUGUUUUCAGAGGGGCCAACCUUCGCAACGCAAACUUUACCAAUGCCAUUCUCUCUGGAUCGCAGUUUGAUGGCGCUGAUGUGA